CUCUCAGUUAACUCAUGUAAUGAAUGAAACCUGAACAGCCUUUUCAGGUUGGUACUACCAUCAUACCCAUUUAACAGUGAAGGGAACGGGGGCAAAGAAACUUGCAGCUGGUUUUCUGGACCUAGUAGUCCAUACACAGUGGGCCUUCUGAGUGAUGGGCCCGACUUUUCCCACGCUCGCUCUUCCCACUGCAGCGCAGCCACAGAAUCCGGACAGCUCUGGUGCACGUGGAGGGAGCAGUGGUCCCUUCAUUACCUGGAAGGACACCCAGAGUGGCACAUGCCAGAUAACCACGAAUAAUACCCAAGAUAAUAACCAUUCUGUGGCCUGAGCUGGCCGGACGUCAUGCCCCAAAGGAGCUACCAGGAGUGGGCACUGCAGAACCCCUGCCCGGGACCGCCUACUCUGCCCGGUAUUGUCUCGGAGUAGAGACACUGGCAGUGCCGGCGGCGGUAGGGAACCACAGAGACCGCAAUUUCCCAGGUUCCUAGAGAGGAGGGGUAUGGAAAACGCACUUCCGGCGGAGGGCCCAGGCUCCCCGGGUGCCGGCGGCAGGUGGCGUUCCCACGCUCUCUGUGCCUGCUCCGCGUGGGGUUCGCGGUCCGAGCGGAAGAGGCUCGCGGGCCGUGUAACUGAUUGCUUUCUCUGGGGCGGGUUCUGCCGGGUUUUCCAACAACUCCUGUGCUUUUGGGGUGAAGGGGUGGCAGAACGGAGAGGGGCCCAAGUCGCACAGAGCGCAUUUGCCGGGUGCGAGGCAGCGUCAGUCUCACCGGCGCUUUAUUUUCUUUGUCACUUCUCCGACCCCAGAGGCAGUGUGUGAAGCUGGGACUCCAGCCAUGCCCCAGACCGCGUGGCGCCAGUCUGGAUGCCUUUUAUUUGUCUUGCCUCCCUGCACUGGCUAGAAGCAUCAUUCAAUACUGGAACAGAAGUGAUGUCCCCUGUGCAUGUGCACACAAAACUCACACUGGGAAAAGGAGCCCAGAGGAACAGAUGGGCACACAGAACAGGGCACAGUGGAGGCAAGCAGAAAUCAGCAGAUGAAAAUAGAGCUGUUUGCUGGGAACCAGUGACCUUUGAGGACGUGGCUGUGUACUUCACCCAGAAUGAAUGGACCAGCCUGGACCCUGCGCAGAGGGCCCUGUACAGGGAGGUGAUGCUGAAGAAUUAUGCAAAUAUGGCUUCCCUGGCAUUUCCAUUCACCACACCUGUUCUGGUCUCCCAGCUGGAGCAAGGGGAGCGGCCAUGGGGCCUCGAUCCCUGGGAACCUGUGGGCAGGGAGGCUCGCAGAGGUGUCUGUUCAGGUGAGCAUGAGAACCCACUAGCUGCCUUUUUUGCUUGGCUUGCUUUCUUGUUUUCACAUUUCAUUGUGCAAGAAGCGUUUCUUCUCUUGGGAGACUGUUUCUGUUCCUGUGGAAUCAUUGCAUGUGAUUCUCUGAGUUCGUGGUGGUAGCCUACCUCAACUGGGGAAGGGCCAGUCUCUUUUGAGCCGGGAAUGCUGUAAGAUUCCUUUGCCUGUUCAGCUUUGCCUCUCCUCCUCACAACCUCCCAAGGGAGACUGUCUGACUGGGCAGGACUUACACCAGCUCAUUUCUUCUCUGUCACAUGAAAACAUUUUAUUUUUCUGCCAGUUUGGUUUUGCAAAUAUGAGGAUGUCAGCCACCUUUAGAGGAAAAUAGGCUUCUGGCAGCCUGUCUGGCCAUCUGCAUAUCAUAGGGUUCAUUGUUUAAGCACCGACUUAGAUAAUAAUAAUUUUAUUUUUAUAAUGAAGAUAUAAAACUGUAUGCAAACAGCAGCAUAAUGUUCUCCAUGUGCCCCUCAUCCAGCCUCAACAGUCACCAAUGUCCUUUCAUUCUUAUUUCAUCUUCCCCCAGAGACACGUAAAAAACUUCUGAAGCAAAAUUUAUUGUAAAUUAAAGGUGGAUAACUUCCUCAUGUUGAUGGCUAUUGAUAUAAGACUUAAAAAUAGGGGGGACACGGUGACUCACAACUGUAAUCUCAACACUUUGGGAGGCUGA